GUCAUCAGAAAAUCAAAAGCACUUCUCUUCGUUUUACUUAAUAUUCACUCGUUGACCAACUCGACACUCUCGUUGAUCCAAUAAUCACCCCAUUAAUUCUAACAACAACAAAAUGCAUUUCAACGUUGCCUGUAUCACUACCUGCGUCUUCGCAGUUGCUGCUCUCGCAGUCCCCGUCGAAGUUGAGCGAAAGGUCGUUGUUGUCCGCGCUGAAGUUUGCCCUGCACCUGCACCUGCACCUGCAACCACUGCUCCUGAAGUCUCACCUUCUCCUCCGACUGCUGAAUAUCACUCCCCUCCUCCUGUCACUGCUCCUGCUCCACCUACAGCAACAGUCUCUAACCCUCCUCCGGCACCGCAGACUACCAGUGUCGACAACAAGCAAUGCGCGGCUGGGACCACGGUUCACUGCUGUGAUACCGUUGACAGCACUGACAACUCGAAUGUUUUGAACCAGCUGAAUGCUGCUGGUAUUGAUUCGCAUGAUGCUGAGCAGAAGGGUCAGGUUGGAUUGACUUGCACACCCAUCACUACCUCUCUCAUUGACGCUCUCAAUGGAAACGUUUGCCAGGGUGCAGUCACUGCUUGCUGCGAGAACACCAACCAGGUCGGCCUCGUCAACCUCAACCUCGGUUGCACCAUCAUCCCAGUCAACCUUUAAACCCAUGACUAGAUGAUCUCGAGAGCAAGUAAAAAGACGAAGGCACGAAUUUCACGACGUACAAGACUUCAAUAUAAUCCUACGUGGUUUUUCGUCUUGUUCUCGCACGCAUACAAAACAUCCAUCCAAGAGAAUUCCUUUCGAACAAUGUACUAUUUAACUCUCUUCUUCUCGUACUUCAUGUCCAUCAUCGGGGACUUGCAUAGCCAUUAUUAUGUCAGGCCAAUCAUUUUGUUAUUUCAUAAUCUUCGAUUCUUUUCUUUUGAGUUGUCUUGUUGCGACUUGAAUUUUGUAUUUUGAAUAUUGACUAGUCUUUGUUCAUUUUUUAUAACUAGUCAGACAGUUUUUUCAAACUAUCUCGUUUGCUUGGAUGGAUGGAUGUCUCUUAUUGAGAGUGUAUACCUCUUCUUCGGUGGGUCGGAAUAUAUGCCCAAAAGACUGUAAAGUCCUUCCUUUCUGCUCAUGCAAAUUCCGAGGGCUUUAUUAAUCAUUGCACCAUACACUAGAUAUUCGGCAUUCUUAACUCAACUGCAACCUUUCUUCUAGUCCUAAUCAGUAUUCCGACCUCUCCUUUUUGGUAAACGUGAAUGUCAGCUCAAUUCAGGUCUCCUCUCGUCAACGGCAGCUUUUGAACAAAGGGGGAAUGAUACAGAUCACAUGGCAUGCAAUUUGAUAUCGGCCAUGA